AUGAGGGCACUGAAGGCGUUUUGUUUCACGGCCUUUGUUCAUUUAUCAUGUUUUGCUUGUUUGCAGAUCAUCGUUGUCGCCGUUACCCUUACCGUAGCUGCCGCCCAAUAUCAGCAGCAACACAACCAACACGCAACGCAUGGGCAUGCGUACUCAUCUCAGAGCAUCGUUUUACACCAGACUCAUCAUAAUCAUGGGCACGAACACCACGAGCCGGCGCAUAUAGUGUCCUAUCACCAGCCCGCCCAUAUUGAAUCUCACCAUGACCACCACCAUGCUGUCUCCUCGCAAAACAUCCAACGUCACGACGUGCCCGGCAAAGCGCCCGAAGGCCACCACGACUACUACGCGCACCCUAAAUACGAGUUCGAGUACAAGGUGGAGGACCCGCACACCGGCGACAAGAAGUCCCAGCACGAGUCCCGCGACGGCGACGUCGUGAAGGGCUACUACAGCCUGCAUGAGGCCGACGGCACUGUCAGGAUUGUGCACUACAGCGCCGAUAAGCAUAGCGGGUGAGCUAUUUAAUGAUUUGCGUUUGUUUUACG